AACUGAAACAAAUAUAAAGAGCCAGGACCCAUGAGGCAAAUAGGGAAAAGUCCAUGGAGGGCUUUAAAACAAAAAGUAGAUCCUGAAAUGAACAAAGAGCAUGUGAAGAUGUUUGAGAAUAACACAGUCUGUUCCGUAUGUGAGCAAGUGGGACCCUCCCUGGCAUUCUGGAGUUUGAAGAGCUCAGAUCUGGAGAGAUCAUAGAGAAGGGAAUGGCAUACAGUUGAGGCAAGAGGAGAUAAUGAUAAAAUAGCCCUCAUUACACAUCUACAGGCAUUGCAGUAGGAUGAAAGUGAACUUUUACUAAUGGACCAAGGACUCUAUUGAAAAUUUUGGAAUCUGACAGUUGUAAAGAUUCUGAAAUCACAGGAUGCCGCUGACUGGAACCAUGUUAAACAAACCAGUGCUUUUGGAAUCCCUGAUUGUGUUCAUCAUUGUGUUGUGUGUGCACACAGUAGUUUGGGACCGGUAUUCCUGGUGUGUUGUUGCUCUUGCUAUUCAGGCUUUUUAUGUCCAAUUUAAAUGGGACCGUCUACUCCGACUAGGUGGGGCUGUAUUCCAGUUUCGGACGACAGCUAACAGUGGCCUACUACCAGCUAGUAUGGUCAUCCCACUCCUGGGGAUUGUGAUGAAGGAGAGAUGCAAGGCUGCUGGCACUGUGUACUUUGAACGUUUUGGCAUAGUUGUGGCCUCCACAGGCAUGGUGCUAGCCCUCUUCCUAUCUGUAAUAGCAGUUGGCAUCACAAGGCCUGUUCCAACUAACACCUGCAUACUUUCAGGCAUUGCUGGCAGUAUAAUCCUCUAUACCAUGAAGUAUUCUUUAACUGUUUCUGAAGUGAUAGAGGUUCUGGAAGUGCUGCUUAUUUUUGUCUACCUCAGUAUGAUCUUGCUUUAUCUGUUGCCUCGAUGUUUUACUCCUGGGGAAGCAUUACUUGUCCUUGGGGGUGUAAGUUUCAUCCUCAAACAGCUCAUUAAACUCUCACUGAACGUGAUAGAGGGCAGAGGGGAUCCUGUACACUUCGUCCUUCUAGUGGCAGUGGCUGGGGUGGUCCUUCUUGGGAUUUUCUUCACUGCUCUCUUCUUCUUCAUGGAUUCAGGAACCUGGACAUCCUCCAUGUUUUUCCACAUGAUGACAGCAGUGCUGGGACUGGGGGUCCUCAUGCCUUGGCUUUACCAUCUGAUUCAAAGGAAUCCCUUGCUCUGGCUGCUCCAGUUUCUAGUUCAGACACAGACAAGAGUUUACCUCCUUGUGUACUGGACCCUGUUGGCUGCCUCUGCGUGCAUGGUGGUUCUUUACCAGAAUUCCAAGAGAUCAUCUGAAUCUAAAAAGCACCAAGCUUCAACCAUAACCAGAAAAUACUUCCAUUUCAUCGUGGUGGCUACUUACAUCCCUGGGCUAAUUUAUGACCACCAGCUUCUCUACAUUGCUGCAGUGCUGUGUCUGGUAGUGUUUAUCCUUUUAGAGUACAUACGAUACUUCAGGAUCAAGCCAUUUGGCCAAACACUCAGGCACUUGCUCACUCUCUUCUUGGAUGAACGAGAUAGUGGACCUCUGAUCUUGACUCACAUUUACCUACUUGUUGGGAUGUCCCUUCCAGUGUGGUUGUUCCCCAGCCCUUGUGCUCCGAAAGGUACCCUGCCUGGGGGAGGAGCAUUGGUUCCCUACUCUGGGGUACUGGCAGUAGGGGUGGGAGACACAAUAGCCUCAAUUUUUGGCAGUACAAUAGGGGAAAUCAAAUGGCCUGGGACAAAGAAGACGUUUGAAGGGACAAUGACUGCCAUCUUUGCUCAGAUCAUUGCUGUGGCUCUUAUUCUGAUCUUUGAUGGCAGAGUGAACCUGAACACCAGCUAUGCCUGGAUUUUGGGGUCCAUCAGCUUAGUUUCCCUUUUGGAAGCCUACACUACCCAAAUAGACAAUCUGCUCUUACCUCUCUACCUCCAGAUACUGCUCAUGGCUUAGAGACAUUGCCAGGAACAGAGACUUUCUUUCUAGCUAGGGGUGAUAAUGAGCCAUGCAUUCCUGUUGAGAGCCAGUUGAGCCAGUUUGGUACGAAAUGCCAUAUUUGGAACAGCGGGUAGAACAGCUAAUGACAAAAAGGAAAUAGUUCUUCAACUCUUAAUUUACAAUAAAAGAAAAGGCUUCUGUUUGUUUGUUGUUUAUUAUUUAAUAGCUAAAGCAGCACUAACUGUUGCAUCCUCUCAGAGGAGUAACAGGAAACCAUCCACGUGAUACUGUGAUUCGGAUAGCUGGUGAUGCUGAAUUAGAUAUACAGUCACAGUGAUUUUGUUUCCAGGUCUCUUCUGGAUGCACUGAAGCAGAAGGGGUGAGAAAGAUGAGUUCACUAGAAGGGAAAAGACGGGGUUAUUACAUUUUCCUGGUUUUGCUACCUUAGAAGUUUGAAAUAGACACGGUUCACCAGAUGUAUGUUGUGGUGUUGUAGCCAUAUUGGUCCCAGGAUGUUAGAGAGACAAGGUGAGUGAGGUAAUAUCAUUUACUGGACCAACUUCUGUUGGUGAGAGAGACAAGCUUUCGAGCUACACAGAGCUAUUCUUCUGGUGACCUCAACAAGAGCUCCUCGUAGCUCCAGAGCUUGUCUCUCUCACCAACAGAAGUUGGUCCAAUAAAUAUUACCUCACCCACCUUGUCUCUCUGUUCACCAGCGCAGGCUCCUACAAAGCUUGUGCACUGUAUUAGCUUGCCACUGGGUUAGGUCCUGGCAUCUUGUGUUAUUGCCCAUGUGAAUUCUGCCUCUUUCAAUAAAAGCAUGCUGUUGCAGUGAGGGUGUGCACCACCCGCAGGAUAGCAUCAAGUUGUAUGAGGACUGCCACGUCAUCUCUCGUUUCCUGUUACAAAAUUAGAACACCUCUGCCAACUAGAGUGAAAACAGCACUAAUGCUUAUUCUGUUUAAAAUAAUUUCAAAUACAGAGAAUGUCAAGCUUAGUUUAUUGGAGGAGCAUGGAUAGAUAGGCUUGCAGAGUGAAAACAAUAGCCAUUGUGGCUAAAAUUUUGAUUUAUUUGCCAGUUCUCUGGAACAGACCAAGUUCUACCUUUUUUCAUGCUCUCGAUCUCUUGAAAUUACAUUGAACAAAACUUGCUUUAUAUGUGAUUUAAAAAAAAAAAGAUACAUUAAAAAAUUAAUCUCCAUUAAAAAGUCUCAUUUCCAGAUACAAUUUAAAGAGAGAUUAGGUUGAAACUCAUUUAAAAUCCUUUCCUGUAUUACUUGUAACACAUUAGAUUAUUAAAACAAAGUAUUUUAACAAUCCAGUGUGCUUCUCUGCUACUCACACAGUUUGAUUUACUUCUUGCAUUUCUCUCAGCUUGAACAAAGAAAAUCACUGGUCAGUUUCACAGCUGUUUAUAGUAAGUAAUGUUCUGGUUUUCAUAAAUGUACUAGUACAGGCUGCAGUGUGUUGGUUUGUAAAUCAUUAGGAGGGUUGACGGGGUACAUUUAAAUCUGGACAAAUGGUUUUCAUUAAAAAUCAUCCAUGAAAGCAUUUCUAUUAAAAUGUAAAUUCAGGAGCAAAACUACCUGUUGCUGCCCCUUUAAUUAGGAUCAUAACUCAGUACAAUCGAAACAAUUCACUGUCUAUAGCCAAAACACUUUCCAUUUCUGUAUAUUUAAUCCUUUGAAACAUUUCUACUUCUAGGAAUCCUCUCUCAUUAGCAUGCAAAACUUCCAUUAGGACCAGAUUAAAAUGAUUUUUAUCCUGCCUCUUCCACCCUCCCAUGGAGUACCUGGUAGGGUAUUUGCUUGCAAGAAUUCUUGUCCAGGGAAGUUGAUUCUGGUCCCUACUACAGCAUCUUUGACAUUUCUGCUGUGUAAAAGGGCCACAGCACUUCCCUGGGGCACAACCCCAGCCCUGGGGCAAACUAGGCAUCUUAGCACCAUCCUGUGCAGCCCCAAGUUUGGGACUGGGAGUGCAUUGGUGUUAGCAGGACUGGCCAGAGAGCACUGUGUGCUCUGGUUAUUCUCUGCGGUAGAGUCAGACCACCUCCAACCAUUCUGGGAUGCACUGGCCCCUGGAACAACCGAGAGAGUAUCACAUUUGCCCACCCUCCUCCAACCCUCUUGGCCUUCUCUUUCUGGGCCAUUGCUCCUGAGACACACAUUACAGAAUCUGUCCUAGGACUUUAAGAACGGUCAGAAAAUGACUGUGAUUAACAGAGCAAUAGGCUGUGAGGCACUGCUCCAAGGGAACAGUCCUCGAGAGAUGGAUGGUGCAAGAGUGAAAAAGCCUUAGCUACCGCCCAUCUGGUGUUCUGUACUUGGUAACAGAGCAUUCAAGUGAAGGUUGAUAUAACACUAAAGCAAUAAAACAAAGCACCAGAACUGAAGGUUACUCUGUCCCCUGCUUAUUGACAUCAAAACAAGGUCUGAAAAAGGUAGGAAAGAUCAGACUUUUGUUUCUAAUAGAAGUCUUGGUGAAUCUGAGCAAGAUUACCACUGAUAUCCCUACCCAGCCUAUUCAUUCCUGCUACUGCAGUGAUUUCAAAUGCAUCAAAAAAUCCUGUUUGACCUACAGAACCUGUUUUAGCUGCUCAGUUUAAAACUGGCACUCUUGUUCCACAAGUCCCAGCCAUUACUUAACCACCCAGCAGUUUUUACCAUAAAUAAACUCAAUAAUUUAAUCUGUUUCUUCAUUCCAACGGGUGUUUGAGACAAAUAUCAGAGGUAGGCAUCAUACUUAGAAAAAAUAAUGUAGCAAUAAUGCUUGGAGCCGUGUGUUGCAGAAAUCUAUUUCUAACCUGCUUUAAUCUGAUACAGAGCCUGAGACAACAGGAUGUCUUGGGUCAUUUAGUCCAUUCCUCCUGCAACAAUGCAAAAUCAUCUGCACUAUUUUGUUUUCAUCUUGUCUAUGAACACCAUUGAGAGUGUCUGUUCUGUUGGCAGAUUAUUCUAUUCAAGUGACCUCUUAGAAACUAUCUAAAGUUCUUCUGUGUAUUUUCCCAAGUAUAUUAAAUAUCAGUACAGAGAUGUAUAUAUUUUGCAUAGAGACCCCAUAUAGUCAGGUACAGCUGUCGCCCCUCUUUUUUUUUUUUUUUUUUUUUUUUUUUUUUAAUGUAGAUGGCUUUCACCAACUGGAAAUGGUAAUGCUAGUGCUAUUUAAAAUAAGCAAAACAUCUAGUUUUCAUUUAAGAUAAAGGGUUAACAUUAAUUUCUAUAGAUGACUUUAAAACUUUUAAAUCAAGUUGAAAUGCUGAAGAUACUGCUGGGCUCUAUGCAUUAAUUUUAGCAAUAAAACCUGUGAUGUUAAGGGUUUAAACUGAUCCAGAAUAUAUGCUCUUGCAAUUUCUCUGAACACAAAAUUCACCCAUGGAGACUAAUUAUUAAUAAAAUUUACUAUUGCUACUCAA